AUGAUAAUUGAUACGACAGAAGUACAAGCUAUCAAUUCUUUUUCUACAUCGGAAUCCAUAAAAGAAAUCUAUGGAUUCAUAUGGAUGUUUGUAUCCAUUUUUACCCUUAUAUUUGGAAUCAUAAUAGGGGUACUAGUAAUUGUGUGGUUAGAAAGAGAAAUAUCUGCAACGAUACAACAACGUAUUGGGCCUGAAUAUGCUGGUCCGUUGGGAAUUCUUCAAGCUCUAGCGGAUGGGACUAAAUUACUUUUUAAGGAGGACCUAUUCCCAUCUAGAGGAGAUAUUCGUUUGUUUAGUGUCGGACCGUCUAUAGCGGUCAUAUCAAUUCUACUAAGUUAUUUAGUAAUUCCUUUUGGAUACCGCCUUGUUUUAGGUGAUCUCAGUAUAGGUGUUUUUUUAUGGAUCACCAUUUCAAGUAUCGCCCCUAUUGGGCUUCUUAUGUCAGGAUAUGGAUCGAAUAAUAAAUAUUCUUUUUCAGGUGGUUUACGAGCUGCUGCUCAAUCUAUUAGUUAUGAAAUACCAUUAACUCUAUGUGUGUUAUCAAUAUCUCUACUAUCUAAUAGUUCAAGUACAGUUGAUAUAGUUGAAGCACAGUCAAAAUAUGGUUUUUGGGGGUGGAAUCUGUGGCGUCAACCUAUAGGGUUUAUUGUUUUUCUAAUUUCUUCUCUAGCCGAAUGUGAGAGAUUGCCAUUUGAUUUACCGGAAGCAGAGGAGGAAUUAGUAGCAGGUUAUCAAACCGAAUAUUCAGGUAUCAAAUUCGGUUUAUUUUAUAUUGCUUCUUACCUAAAUCUAUUACUUUCUUCAUUAUUUGUAACAGUUCUUUACUUAGGUGGGUGGAAUUUUUCUAUUCCGUACAUAUCUAUUCCUGAACUUUUCGGAAUAAAUAAAAUGGCCGGAGUUUUUGGAAUUACAGUUGGUAUCUUUAUUACAUUAGCUAAAGCUUAUUUGUUUCUGUUCAUUCCUAUCACAACAAGGUGGACUUUGCCUAGGAUAAGAAUGGACCAGCUAUUAAAUCUUGGAUGGAAAUUUCUUUUACCUAUUUCUUUAGGUAAUCUAUUAUUGACAACUUCUUCCCAACUUGUUUCACUAUAA